AUGGCUUCCUCUUCGCUGCUGCUUUCGAUCUCAAGGAUUUUUGUUCAAAUAGUCUUAUUAUUUUCAGUUUUUUCAGUCUCCGUCAGCGGCUUUCUCAAUGCCACGCAGGAUAGCAAGCAAUUGAUCCUCGACAACGGCCGCUUUUUCGCAGCAGUAAAUAAGUCAACUGGCGCCAUCUAUGCGCUCUCAUUAAAUGGACAAGACCUUUUGGGGUCUCUCAACUACGUGAUGCCAACCCCAGGUGGAGCAACGGGAUCUGGAAACAGUGGUAUCGGCCCCUAUCUCGACUGCUACUGCAUUCCUUCAGGAAGUUACACUCCAGGUUCCAUCAACCCAAAGUAUCAACUAUUCAGCGGCAUCGAUUCGACCGAAACUGCUUAUGGGGGUAUUGUGAUGAGUGAAACCUAUCCUCCGACUGGGCAAACCUUGGAACAGUACUGGUUUCUCAGGGACGGCGAAACCGGUCUACAUACUUUCAGUCGUCUCGCAUAUUACAACAAAACUACUCCUUUUCUCAGGAAUCUUCAAGAAUUCAGAACCUUGUUUCGACCAAACACACCUCUUUGGACUCAUCUGAUCACCAAUUCUGAACAAUACGCGCCUUUGCCUUCCAAGAACGCCACCAGCCAUGAAGUGGUGGUUGAAGAUGCCACUUGGUAUCUUGGAAACACUCCUCAUGACCCCUUUGUUCAACAAGAAGCGUCUUAUUUCACCAAAUACACUUUUCAAGAUACUUGGAGAAAUCAUGAUGUGCAUGGUAUGUAUUCAGAUGGGACGACGAGUGAUGAUAAUUCUACAUUUGGAGCCUGGCUGGUAAUGAAUACGAAAGAUACGUAUUUUGGAGGACCUUUGCAUUCGGACCUCAUCGUUGAUGGUAUUGUGUACAACUAUAUUGUAUCAAAUCAUCACGGUGAUGGAACACCAAACAUCACUGACGGGUUUGACCGCACCUUUGGACCUGCAAGUUCUCGCUUCCAACAUUUCUCUGACGAAUAUCAGCAAUACUACUACUUCAACAAAGGAAGCAAAACAACGUCCAUGGAAGCUCUUCGCCAGGACGCCCUCCAAUUCUACUCUCCCACUUGGAACACGGCCUUCUACGACUCCAUUGCCAAAUAUAUCCCGAACUAUGUCCCCUCCUCCGGCCGCACAAUCUGGAAAGGACAUGUCGAUCUCCCAGCCGGCGCAAUCAAACCCCUCGCAGUCCUUGCCCAAAGCGGCGUCGACUUCCAAGACAACGUUCUCGACGCGACCGCGUACCAAUACUGGGGCGACAUCGACCCCUCAACGGGAGAUGUCUCGAUCCCCGCCGUGAAAGCAGGGACAUACCGUCUCACUGUAUACGCAGAGGGCAUAUUCGGGCAAUAUGUGCAAGAUGAUGUCGAAGUUAUUUCCGGGGAAGUGCAUACCACCCACACGCGAUGGAGAGAAGAGAACGCCGGGACGGAAAUAUGGAGGAUCGGGACACCAGAUAAAAGUAGUGGGGAGUACCGCCAUGGCUAUGCACCCGACGAAACACACCCUCUCCAUCCAUCUCAAUAUCGUAUCUACUGGGCUGUGUACGACUUCCCGACCGACUUCCCCAACGGAGUUGUGUACCGUGUCGGUGAGAGCAAGGAGGCCGAAGACCUGAAUUAUGUGCAUUGGAGUGUGUUUGGUGGUUAUGCCAACUCUUUACGUCCGAAACCGUAUCACGACAAUGUCAAUAACUGGAUGAUACUUUGGGAUAUGGAUCAGAGCGCUUUUGCCAAAAAAAGAAAGGCGACUUUCACGGUGCAGCUCGCGGGUGCGAAGACCGCGGCGGGGAAUACAGAUGUCUUCAAUGCCUCGGAACCGUAUGCAAAUUUGCCAUAUACGGUGGUGGUAAAUGGGCAUGAGUUGGAGCCUUGGGUUAUCCCGUAUUACCACAGCAGUUCAUGUGCAGUGAGAUCGGCUGUCAUUUGCUACAACAUUGCGAACAAGUUCACUUUUGAUCCGAAAUUCUUUGUUAAUGGGACGAAUGAGAUUGUUUUGACUAGUACCAAUUCAACAAGUCUGCCGGCGAAUGCUACGGAUUAUGAGAGUGCGAUCCUUCCUCAGACGACGUAUGUCCAGUACGAUUCAUUGCGACUGGAGGUUGAAUAG